GCGGAACCUUUGUUCCAGCCUCGUGUUUCCUCCGGACGGUUUACAGCUCGUGCAGCAGUCGGAGGACGGUAGAGCUCCGACGUAUGGAGACGUGUUGUUAUUAGGCCGAUAGUGUGAUUAUAUUGAUAGAUUACUCUAUUCCCGUGAUGCAGUGCGGCUGGUCUCUGUUAGGUCCGCUGCAGUGGAUCCGUUACGUCAACAAACAGGUGAAGGUGAAGGCGGGAAAAGAUGAAGAACACCGCGGCUGGCUGCUCACCGUGGAUCCGGUGUCCGCGAGUCUGGUUCUGGUGAACUUCCUGGACCAGGAUGUUGGGGGGGGCAGAGCCUCGGUGCAGGCCCAGGAUGUUGGGGGGGGCAGAGCCUCGGUGCAGGUGGUGAUGGGUCACGCCGUGCAGGAGGUGCAGGUCCUGCAGGAGGCGGACCAGGAGACCACGGAGCGUCUGCAGAGCUCCUUCCUGCCCCCGAGGUCCCGCCCCCUAGCCCCCGAGCAGCUGCACCAGAGGCGGGCCGGCGUGCGCCGCUGGCUGGAGCAGAACCGCGUCCCGGUGCAGGAGGACGGAGAGGAGCUGCUGGUGGCCGGCGCUCUGACCAUCACGGCGCCGUAUGGACCCGAGGACUGCUGCAGCUCCAACCAGAUUAUCCUGGACCGCGUCCAGAGACUGAUCCAGAGUCAGCCGGCAGAGCCGCCCAUACACAGCACAGCGCCGCCCAAUCACAGCGCAGCGCUGCCUGCCGACCAACCCAUCCAGAGACUGAUCCAGAGUCACACGGCGCCGCCUGCCGACCAAUCAGAGCGCAGCAGCUGUGACUGACAGCUGUCUGGGACAGUUUGAGUUCAGAUUAAGUUUUUUUCUGUCUUUUGUCCAAUAAAAAUCACUGAAGGUUGAAGUCCCGCCCCCUGCCUGCUGAUGUCAUCAGUCUGAAUAAGUUAUAAAAUAAAAAUGUUGUUUGAGGUUUA